CUGGAAUUGAACCCUCGACUCCGGUCCGUGGGCCGAUGCUCUAACCACUGAGCAAAACCGGCCAGGACCCAUGUCUCUUUAGUCUCCUUGAAUGUGGGAACUUUGUUCAGCCUUUGUCUGUCGUGACGUUGAUAUUUGUGAAGAAUACAGGCCAUUUGGGUUUGUCUUACAGUUUUUCAUGAUAAGAUCCAGGUUGUGCAUUUUGGUUAGAAUACCACAGCAGUGAUAGUGUGUCCUUUGUGCAUUCGUCAGGUGGCACGUGGGCACAUUGCUGAUGUGGUCAAGGUCAUAUCUGUCAGAGUUCUCAUGGGAAGUCACCAUUUUCCCUGUGUAAUUAAGAAGCAGUCUGUGGGAGAGAUUCCUAGACAGUGUGUAUGUCAUAUUCCUCAUGAAACUUCCACCUUCUAGUUUCAGCAUCCCUGUGGGGUUUUGUAUUUUGCUGUUUUUCUUCUCGGAGAUGUCUCUUCUCGCAUUUGCUGCUAUAUCCUUGGCAUUAGAACAGAGCCUGGAUCUCGGCUGCUGUGUAUCCCUAUGUGCUGGAUAAAUGAAUGUCUCAGUCUUCUCUGUCUUACUUGCUUUUUUAGAGGAUUAAAUGGGGCUUGUCUCGUGUUCCCUGGAGAAUGUUCCUAACUGCUGUUUGGUCCAGUUCCUACCAGGACGCCUCUGCAAGGCUUCACCUCCAGGAAAUCCAUCCCCCUCUUGGUUGUACGUCAGCUCUGUGCAGGCUCUGGCAGGGGCAUUGAGGAGGACAGACAUUUCAAAUGGGAGACCUUACAGCUACACACCCCUCGCAAAUAUUGUGGAGACUGCUUGCAAGUUAUAACCCCAGCACCUUCCCCAGGUUACCUGAGCCAGGACUCUUGUCUCCCCAUUCACUGCUGCUCCCUAGGGACUGGCCCUUCUCCAGGAAAAAACCAGCAACAAGGCAGCAGCACCUGACGUUGAGGCAGACAUCAGUGAAGACUGAGGAAGAAGAAGCCCAGGCCCUCAUGCUAGAGUGACCACAUCUCAGAGGAACUUCCAUAGGAACUCAGCUCAGGAGCUGAAGAAGUUGUAACUAAAGAUGGAUUGUCUAAUGCAAAGCAAGAAACAUCUGAAGAAAUGGACCAAGGUGCUAAGGCCUCAGGAAGACCCAAUAGCGAACUUUUCACCACUCUUGUUUAGUCACAUGUAAUGUGCAGAACCUUACCCUCAGUAAGUCACAUGGGGCACAGCAGACGGGGAAACUCAGAGCUAUCAUGCUGUACGCUUUGACACCAUGCAGGCGAGGCACCCAGCUGAAAUUUGGAGUGUUAGUGAAGAUGUCCCAGAAGAGGUGACAUUUAAAACAAGACUUGAUGAAGACUGAGCUCCAGGUCCCUUGAACUCCUGUUGCUACCGAAAGGUCAGUUGACAUUUGAACACUCUGAAGGAUUGUUACCCAGGUGACUUGUGGGUCUGCAUGCACAUCUCCUCCCAGGAAUAUGCUAUAGGAGAUAGUAACCGAAAAGGGAGAAAAGAAGACAAAGCUUGAGUGAGUGAAGUGCUCUCAGGCCUUGCAUUUCCUGGUGACUCAGAUGUGGAAGAAGAUAAUGAGCCAGAGACCCAGCCGGCUCCAAAGAAAACCCAAAGGCAUUAAAUGUCCCAGAGGAGAAUUGGACCCAAAGAGACAUUAAUUAUACCACUUUUCUAAGCUGGAGCAUGGGUGUCCAUGAAGUUAUUCCAAAUUGGCAACAGUAUGGAUUCUUAAAUGCCUGAUGAGGUUGCAGUGACGACUGAAGGCUGUCCCACACUCAUCACACGCAGAGGGUCUCUCUCCAGUGUGGCUUCUCCGAUGCUUAAGACGUGGAACCAGAGGCCCCUGAACUUGGGGCAGGAAUCUUCGCAGCUCCUCCCCAGCAAUGUGCUCCAUCUCCUGAGCACACAGAAUGGGCCACUGACUUUUUGACUGCCUGACAGCGACCUCCCACUUCAGGAACCUUCAGUGGAAACAGCUCCAGCUGCGGACAGGUCCGAGUGUGGCCAGGGCCCAGGAUGGCUAGAGAGUCUGGAGAAAGCUGGGCCGUGGACAUCCCGUCGGCUGAGGACCGGACAGGGCUUCUUGUCAUAAAGGUGGAGGACGAGGAGACCUCUGCCUUAGCAGAGGAGGUCAGUUUGAGGGGCAGCCGUGUCCACUGUUCGGAGCAGUCCCGCCAGCGCUUCCGCGGCUUCCGCUACCCCGCAGCCGGGGGCCCCCGAUGGGCGCUGAGCCGGCUCCGCGAGCUCUGCCGGCUGUGGCUGCGGCCCGAGGUGCACAGCAAGGAGCAGAUGCUGGAGCUGCUGGUGCUGGAGCAGUUCCUGAGCAUCCUGCCCGCGGAGCUGCAGGCCCAGGUGCGGGAGCAGCACCCGCAGAGUGGGGAGGAGGCCGUGUUGCUGUUGGAGUACCUGCAGAGGCAGCUGGAGGAGCCUGUGUCACAGGUUCCAGGUGGUGACCAGGGUCAAGAACUGCUCUGUUGCAAGAUGUCAGUGUUGACACCAUCCCGCAGGUCACAAAGUAGCCAGUUUCACCCAAUGAAGGCUCUGCUCAAGCAUGAAUCUGUGGGAUCUCAGCUCUUACCAGACAGAGCUCUGCAGGUUCCUGGGCUUGCCCUGGGAGGGGGCUGCAUAGAAGACACAGUGGUGGCUGCCAGGCUCACCCCAGAGUCCCAGGGGCUGCUGAAAAUGGAAGCUGUGGCCCUGAGUGUCUCCCCUGGAGGGACAGCGGUGGAGUCACCUCGGGUGGACCUGUGUGGAGAUGAAAGGCAGGACAACUGUAGCGCUCUGACCUCCCUGGGUGGUGAAAUGCAGAUGAAGAUCCGAGACUUGCCGCUAGGUGAGGAGCACCCGGGACAGGAGCCCGGGAAGACGCUGGGCCACGUGGGUGAAGCCAUUGCCCAGUCAGCUACAUGUGCAGGGGUCGGUGAACAGGAGGGCCGGUUACAAAGAAAGCAGAACAGUGGCAGUGGAAGGAGGCGGCACAUUUGCCAUGAAUGUGGAAAGAGCUUUGCUCAGAGUUCAGGCCUGACAAAGCACAGGAGAAUCCACACUGGAGAGAAACCGUACGAGUGUGAAGACUGCGGCAAGUCCUUCAUCACGAGCUCGGCCCUUGUCAUUCACGAGAGAGUCCACACUGGUGAGAAACCCUAUGUGUGUGAAGAAUGUGGCAAGGUCUUCGGUCACAGUUCAGACCUUACCAAGCACCACAGAACACACACUGGGGAGAAGCCCUAUGAGUGUGAUGAGUGUGGGAAGACCUUUAGCCAGAGCUGCAGCCUCCUUGAACAUCACAGAAUCCACACCGGGGAGAAGCCAUACCAGUGCAGCAUAUGUGGGAAAGCUUUUAGGCGGAAUUCACAUCUCCUGAGACAUCAGAGGGUCCAUAGCGAUAGAAACGUUCGGAUUCCUGAGUGUGGGGAGAGUUGGGAGAGUCCCGGGAAGGUGGAGAGCCAGGAGGGGGAUGUCGAGGCUCCCGUGUCUUAUAAAUGUAAUGAGUGUGAGAGAAGUUUCACGAGGAGCAGAAGCCUUGUUGAGCACCAGAAAAUCCACACUGGUGAGAAGCCCCAUGAGUGCGAUGCAUGUGGAAAAGGCUUCACCCGGACGUCUUACCUUGUUCAACAUCAGAGAAGCCAUGCUGUGAAAAAAAUUCUGUCCCGGUGACAUUCCUGGGUCGGUGUCUGUGACAGGCUGUUGCUGUGCCUCCUUGUUCUUCACUAUGUUGCAUCCUUCACCAGUGCGUGGGGUGAUGCCGUCUUAUGCUCCACGGCACCUUGCGUAUAGGUGCUACACAUGAAAUGAUCAUCAUUUCGCUGAAAAUCUCAUGUCUGGAAUUCUCAGGCCAUUUAUGUUUGUGUCUAGUUCUCCGAGGUCCUAGAAUCUGUGUCUGUGUGCUCCAUUUUUUGCUAAGCACAUAGGAUUGGCAGAAUGGGUUUGCAGACUGCACACUGUGAUAGAAGGAAACCAAAACUCUUUAAAAACACUAGGAAGUUUAGUGUGAAUUUUUAGACAGCUUUUUUAUCUUUAAAUAAUUGUGUGCUUGUGCCAACCAGGGAAUUUCAUUCUUUUGUUAGUGUUUUCCAGAUAUUAUUUGCUACUCUUUGCGGAGAUAAUAUUCCAAGUGUGGCAGUGUGAAAGUCAGUUAUCGAGUGAGCAUAAAAUACAGAAAAACUCUGUAAUGCUCAGGAAUUGGCUUUCGCCUUCGUUCUGGUUGGCCAAGUGCUGUCUAAAGCCACCUUGUCCUGCCCACAAACCCCUCCCCUUCCCACAAUGUAGAGUCCGCAUCAAGACUUACAUUCCAAGUUUGUGGAUUCACACUGGGUAUUUAAAACAAGUAUUUCUUAUGGCUUCAAAAUCCAUUGUUAGUGUGUGAUCACCUUGGUCGUCUUAUGUAUUGAUUUCCAAACCAGAGUAUGGGUACUGUCUCCUCCAUAAUUAUUUUUUAAAAUUCUCAACAAAGG